AUGAAGGUCACGGAUGUGGUCUCAGAGAUAGAGUUGGAAAUGGAGGAAUCACAGAACGCGCGAGACGCCCGAGUCGAGGCCUUGUGGAAGAGGCUGGACUAUCAAGGCAAGGGCGAACUGGACUGGAAAGCAUUACAGCGUGGCCUGAAGAAGAUCGACCAUCCUCUCAAAAACGCCGACGGAAUGCUUCAAGAGAUUGUAAAGGUCGUCGACAGUGAUGGAGAUGGGAAAAUCCAAUAUGAAGAAUUCAAGAGCUUCGUGAGAGCAGCCGAGCGCCAACUUUACCUACUCUUCAAGACCAUCGAUCAUGACAAGAACGGAAAGCUCGACAAGCACGAGCUCCAGACAGCUUUCCAACGAGCUGGCCUAGCAAUACCAAUGCGACGACUUGGCUCCUUCUUUGAGGACAUCGACAUGAACAAUGACGGAUACAUCAGUUUUGACGAGUGGAGGGACUUUCUCCUGUUCAUGCCGAACCAGGACGCCUCAGCUACUUUGCGUGCUGUCUUUACCUUUUACUCAGACAUUGUGACCGUUAGUGCUGAGGGGGAUUCAGUGCUCAACAACGAUACUCUGCAAAGUAUAGGUACGACUUUAAAAUCUCUUAUGCUACCUCUCUUUGGUUCGAUUAUCAGAAUUGCCUCUCCUUCGGACCAAGACCACGAUCGAACCCAUGGGCCCCAUUCACGAGCACAGCCAGAUCUUGCAGCGACUUCCAAGGAACUGCUUCUAUCAUCACAAGAAAACCAUCAGCAGCCAGUGCGUCAACUCAGCGACACUACCGAAAUGGAGGCAGGUGGUAAUCGUCAACUUGCUACCACCGCAAGCAAAACUGCAAACGCAUUGCGCGGCGUUACGUCGCCCUUGAAAACGCCUACAACGUCGGCCAACCCCACUCCACGAGGCACUGAUGAAUCUGAAUUGAGUGAAGAGACAAUUAGCGUGACAAGUUGGCUGAUUAAGCACCUUCCCGAUUCAGGCUACUUUGUCGCCGGUGCUGUCGCGGGAGGUAUCUCACGUACCGCCACUGCUCCCCUCGAUCGAUUGAAGGUUUACCUCCUGGUGAAUACUAAGGCCACAAACUAUGCCGCUGUUGAUGCUGCCAAAAAUGGCCGCCCAUUAGCCGCGGUAACAAACGCUGCCCGAUCUUUUUGGGGAGCUACCACAGAACUCUACCGAAAUGGAGGAUUGAAGGGAUUCUUUGCAGGAAACGGCCUAAAUGUCAUCAAAAUCAUGCCGGAGACGGCCAUGCGCUUCGGAGCCUACGAGGCCGCAAAAAACACCCUCGCACAACUUGAAGGUCAUGGCGACACGAAACAUAUUAACCCUUACAGCAAGUUUGCUGCCGGAGGUUUGGCUGGCAUGACAGCUCAAUUCUUCGUUUACCCUCUGGAUACCCUAAAAUUCCGGCUUCAAUCUGAAUAUGUUGCCGAGGGAAAGCGCGGCUUUCCCCUACUACUGCAGACAGCAAAGAAGAUGAGAGCUGAAGGUGGACUAAAGCCAUGGUAUCGUGGCGUCACAAUGGGUCUCAUUGGCAUGUUUCCCUACUCGGCGCUCGACAUGGGUACGUUCGAGUUCUUCAAGACAUCCUGGAUCACAUAUCAGGCGAAGAAACUGGGCGUACACGAAGAAGACGUGCCUCACCCCUCUGGUGUGUUGACCGGCAUCAUGGGAGCAACAUCUGGGGCUUUUGGUGCUUCAGUGGUCUACCCUUUGAAUGUCCUGCGAACUCGACUUCAGACCCAGGGAACCAGCAUGCAUCCGGCACGCUACACGGGCAUAUGGGAUGUUGCGCAGAAGACACUGAGGAAUGAAGGUCCCCGUGGACUUUACAAAGGGCUCCUGCCGAACUUGCUCAAGGUUGCACCCGCGCUUAGUAUUACGUGGAUAGUAUACGAAAAAGCAAAGGACAUGCUGGAGCUAGAUUAA